AAUAAAAAUUGAAAAAAUUAGAACAAAAAAAAAAAACAACAAAAAUUUUUAAAAUUGUUCUAUUUAUUGCAUAAAAUGUCCGCAGUACAUCUUUUGCCAGUUUCGGUAUUUUUCUUAUUUCAAGUAUCAUUUAUUGGAUGCUACAUAGCGGCUGUACUUCAAGGACAUGUUGUACCAACGGUACCCUACAUCAGCGAUGCGGCCACAUAUUCUCCAGAAAGUUGUGUUUUUGGUCAACUUAUGAAUAUUGGUGCAGUAUUAUUGGGAAUCACAAUUUACAUAAGAUAUCGCCAAGUACUUGAGUUAUAUUGCCAUCAUCCCGAAAUGGGACCGUCAUUACUCAAAUACAAUCGACUUUCCGUUUGGUUCGGAGUUGUAUCUUGUUUCGGAAUUAGUAUAGUUGCGAACUUUCAAGAAACCAAUGUUAGGAUAGUUCAUUUUAUUGGUGCAUUUAUGUGCUUUGGUUCUGGAACAAUGUACUUUUGGAUGCAAGCUUUUGUGUCAUAUAUGAUACAACCGAUGGCUGGAACUAAAAUAAGGGCACAUAUAAGACUGGGAAUGGCUGUUUGCUGUACAAUUCUUUUUAUUUUAUUAGCCGUGACGGGAAUCAUGUCGCACAUUUUGUUUCGAGGCACAAAUCCUCGAAAAUGGUACCCAUCUGAUGGCGGUUGGCGCUUCCAUGUAGUUAGUUCAGUAUCUGAGUGGAUUAUUGCCACCAUAUUUUGCUUCUUCAUUCUGACAUUUACAGACGAAUUCCGAGAUGUAGACUUGGAUCAUCCGCAAGUGAUGCUUGCAGCCUAUCGCAUAACAUUGUAAACAAACAAAAAAUCACAGGAAAAAAGUGUGUUUUGCUAAGAACGCACUCUGAUUUUUUUGUACAUGUUUUUCUUUUGAGCUGUGAUAGGUUAUACUUCUUAGUUUAAGAGACAACCUAAUUUUUUCCAAAGUUAUUUUUUUCUUUCUUUCGUUUGCAAGUUUUUUGUAUUUUUUUCCAGACCUUUUGUUUACAAUGAAUAAUAAUGUAAAAAAAAAGUAUUUAUCAAUAAAAAAAAAAAAAAUAAAAAGUUGUAGCUUUACAAUGAGUAAAUAAUAAUAAUAAUAAAAAAUAAUCUUGUACAUUUAA